UGACUAUUGUUCCUGUCUUGAGUUCUGUCCUUUACCUCCUUUCCCUCCGCUCAGGACUGAGUGGACUCUUCUCCCCAGUUUAGGGCUGAUAUCUGAAGAAAAGAAAUUUUCCUGCUGGAAUAAGCUAUCUCUUGAGCUUUAGGAGUCUUUGAUGGAUACAAAAUUAAGGGAGGCUGUAGCCUUGGGUGUAAAGGCUCUAGUGGGGCAGGAAGGAUUGCUUACAGUGGAAAUGGAGGAGGAGGACCGCUACAGGGGGCAAGAAUCCAGCCCGCAAAGAAAUAAUCCCCAGGAAAGGGAACUCUUCCGCCAACGUUUCCGUCAACUGUGCUAUCAGGAGACACCAGGCCCCAGGGAGGCCCUGAGUCAACUCCAGAUAUUUUGCCAUCAGUGGUUGAGACCAGAAAUGCAUACAAAGGAAAGGAUCCUAGAGCUGCUGGUGCUGGAACAGUUCCUGACCAUCCUGCCUGAAGAACUCCAUACUUGGGUGCAAGAACAUCAUCCAGAGAGUGGAGAGGCAGCAGUGAUUCUGUUGGAGAAUUUGGAAAGAGAGCUUGAUGAACCAGAUCAUCAGGUGGGAAGAGGGAGAAGAGUUCUACUGUGCAGAGACGAAGCAUCAAUAUUUCCACUUUCCAAAACUGCUGUUAUCUCUCAGCUGAAGGAAGGAGGAGAACCACUGUCCCUGGAUCCACAGGGUGCUGAGAAAAGAGAGGUCCUAAGAGGUAUCUGUACAGAUGGUAUGACAAGCACUGAGAACAUGGAGUUGUCAAUAAAGCAGGAAUAUAAUAAGACAAUGGAACCAUACAGGGAGGUAUCCAGUGGAUUAAAUUUGAAUGCUCACCAUGACCCCAAGUAUGGAGAAAUUUGUGGACAUGAGGGCAGGAUAGCAAAGCCAUGGGAAAAUCCUAUAGAGGAAGGACUGUAUAAAUGUGAUGAAUGUGGAAAACACUUCACUCAAAACUCUGGCCUUAUUAGACAUCAAAGAAUUCAUACUGGAGAGAGACCUUAUGAGUGUAAUGAAUGUGGUAAAACCUUUAGUAGGAGUUCAGGUCUUUUUAAUCAUCGGGGAAUCCACAAUAUACAAAAACGUUAUCAGUGUAGGGAAUGUGGGAAAGCGUUCAGUCAGAGUGCAGGACUUAUUCAACAUCAGAGAAUCCACAAUGGAGAAAAACCCUAUCAGUGUGGCCAGUGCAGUAAAAGCUAUAGUCGGCGCUCCUUCCUUACUGAACAUCAGCGAAGUCACACUGGAGAAAGACCCCAUAGAUGUAGUGAAUGUGGGAAAAGAUUCAAUCGUCAUUGCAACCUUAUCCGUCAUCAAAAAAUUCACACGGUCACUGAAUUAAGCUAACUCCUCCAAGCACUGUGAACAACUUUUUCAGAUAUCAGAUAAGUAGAUCUGGAGAAAGUUACAUUGACAAAAUAGCAUUAUUUAUCCCAUAUAUCUGCUUUGGAGCAUAUAAUUCACUAGCAACCCAGGGAAUGACACCUAGAGGAAUGAUGUGGGUUUUACAAAUCACUGUUAUCUCUCCUGCUCCUUUCCAUCUUCCCUGUUCUUCCCCUCUUUUCCCAUAUUUUUUCUUGAAGUUGCCACUCCCUUCUAUCCAACAAAUGCAGUUGUCCUAGCAGAAGAUCUGGCCUUUUGAAAAAUCAGUAUUUGUGCCAUAUGUACAAAAAUAUUUAUAGCAGCUCUUUUUGUGGUGGCAAAGAAUUGGAAAUUGAGGGGAUGUCCAUCA